UGCGCCGUUUAAAGUGUGUGUGAACCUUGUCUUGAUGUCUAGUCUCUCUGUUGGGGUGCACGCGGAUUGACCACUCCUUUGGGCUUUUCUUUCUUGGAUAUCUGGGAGGAAAGGCUAAGCCACAAACAUGACUGACGCGCAACAAGAGGCCCGCUCCUACCUGAGCGAAGAAAUGCUGGCUGAGUUCAAAGCCGCCUUCGACAUGUUUGACACCGACGGUGGCGGUGACAUCAGCACCAAGGAGUUGGGUACCGUGAUGAGGAUGCUGGGCCAGAAUCCGACAAGAGAGGAGUUGGAUGAAAUUAUUGAGGAGGUCGACGAGGAUGGUAGCGGUACCAUCGACUUCGAGGAGUUCUUGGUCAUGAUGGUGAGGCUGCUCAAGGAGGACCAGGCCGGAAAGAGCGAGGAAGAGUUGGCAGAGUGCUUCCGCGUCUUCGACAAAAACGGCGACGGGGUGAUCGACAGAGAGGAGUUCGCUCAAAUCAUCCGCAGCUCCGGUGAGCCCAUCUCGGAGGACGAGAUCGAUGAGCUGAUGAAGGACGGAGACAAGAACAACGACGGCAUGCUUGACUUUGACGAAUUCCUCAAGAUGAUGGAGAAUGUGCAGUAAAACAAGAAAGACUCUUGGGACAUUCCUCCACCUGGCUGUGAAACCCUGCACCAUCAGCUCCCCUCCGCCCCCCCCUCUCCCUCCUGUCCACCUGGUUCACCACCUCUCUUCAUCCUCAACAGAUAGCUAGGACACCCGGUGGGUGGUGGUGGUGGGUCGCUCCUCCCCGAAUCAACACAAACGGCUCACCGAUGCUGCUCUGACGCCAAAGGAAAUCCAUCGCAUGCACUCAGUGCAGCGCGCACAGCCGCACCUCCACCCUUCUGCUGGUAAAGCUCCGGUCUAGGUGUAGUCUAAACCAGUGUUACCUGUUGCUUAGACCAAUGCUUCAACUUUUCUCUGUACAAAGUUUCUGGCUUGAACAGAAUAAAUGAAGUCACACAUGCUCACCUGUAGUUGGUCUCUGUAAAAAAAAAAAAAGUUUGUUUUGAGGAAUUUAAAUAAAGUCUGUUUGUUUCUUC